UCUCUCUCUCUCUCUCUCUCUCUCUCUCUCUCUCUCCCCCUCUCUCUCUCUCUCCCUCUCUCUCUCUCUCCUCUCGCUAGCUCUCUCUCGCUCUCACCCUCGCUCUGCGCUCUGUCCGGGAGGAGUACCGGGAAGCCAAUAGGAUGCAGGGUCUCUAAUGGAUGCAAAUGAUCAUGAAAAGACAGUGCAAAAUAUGAAACAACUCAUUUGCAGGGAAGUAAAUCACCGAAAACUGUUUAUGAACUGGCAUCCCUUCUUCGAAAUGUAAAGCGAGGACCUCUUUAAGUGGCGGUAUAUUUUUGUUUAGGGGGUGGGGGGUGGGGGGAGGGCGAGCGAGCCGCGGCGGCCGAGCGCGAGCUGAGACUUUUUGCAGGCUCCGCGGUCCUUUCCUAUUCCUGGAAAUCACAAAAGAAAAAGAAAAAAAAAAAAAGAAGAAGAAAGAAAGAAAGAAAAGAAAAAAAGUGUAGCGGCUUCGAGGUCUUCUUCGCCUUUUCUUUCUUUUCUUUCCUUUCCCCCCCUCCUCCUCCCUUUCCUUCUCCUUUCCUGGCGAGGGUGACUAGGAGCCGGCGAAUCCGCGUUUUUUUUUCUCUCUCCCUCGCUCUCUCUCUCCCUCUCUCUCUCUCCCUCCCUUUCCCCCUCCCCACCCCCUCCCCAACAGCCCCCAACUACAGCCUCCGCCGCCGCCGCCGCCGCCUCAAAAUUCAAUAAAAUGAGCUCUUAUUUCGUCAACUCACUGUUCUCCAAAUACAAAACCGGGGAGUCCCUGCGCCCCAAUUAUUAUGACUGCGGCUUCGCCCAGGACCUGGGCGGCCGACCCACCGUGGUGUACGGUCCCAGCGGCGGCGGCAGCUUCCAGCACCCGUCGCAGAUCCAGGAGUUCUACCACGGGCCGUCGUCGCUGUCCACGGCGCCCUACCAGCAGAACCCGUGCGCCGUGGCGUGCCACGGGGACCCCGGCAACUUCUACGGCUACGACCCGCUGCAGCGCCAGAGCCUGUUCGGUGCGCAGGACCCAGACCUGGUGCAGUAUGCGGACUGCAAGCUCGCCGCCGCCAGCGGCCUGGGCGAGGAGGCCGAGGGGUCCGAGCAGAGCCCGUCGCCCACACAGCUCUUCCCCUGGAUGCGUCCGCAAGCAGCCGCCGGACGCAGGCGAGGCCGACAGACCUACAGCCGCUACCAGACCCUGGAGCUGGAGAAGGAGUUCCUCUUUAAUCCCUAUCUGACUCGCAAGCGGCGGAUCGAGGUAUCGCACGCGCUGGGACUGACUGAGAGACAGGUCAAAAUCUGGUUCCAGAACCGGAGAAUGAAGUGGAAAAAAGAGAACAACAAAGACAAAUUCCCCAGCAGCAAAUGCGAGCAGGAGGAGCUGGAAAAACAGAAGCUGGAGCGAGCCCCGGACGCGGCCGACGAGGGCGACGCGCAGAAGGGUGACAAGAAAUAGGCUCCAGCUUGGGACUGCCAGGGGGGGCCCGGGGAGGUGGGCGGCGGGGCGAGAGGGGGAGCCGAUCUGCCCGCACCGUCCGCCGCCGGCCCCGAGACCACGACCACGCCGCCCACCCCCCGCCUCCGAGAGCUCCGGGGCCCCGACCGGGGCCUCCCACCGCAGCGUCCCCCGCCGCGCCAGUCCCCGCUAGUGGUAGUAUCUCGUAAUAGCUUCUGUGUGUGAGCUACCCUGGGUCUCCCUUCCUUCUACUGGGGUGCAGGGGCAAAACAAAAGGGGGGAAAAAAAAAGGAUUUUAAAGCAAGGACUCCCUCGCCCUGUGAGGGUGAGUGGCUGCGGCCUGGCAGAGCCUCCCCACCCCUCGCCCCCAGCCCCCUGUAAAAAAAAAGGAAAAAAAAAAGCCUACUUGUGCAAUGGUCUUUUAUUAUUUUUUUUCCCUUUGAACGCGCUUCUUUGUAAUGACCGAGGUACUGAUUUCUGCUAAAUUCUCCCAACAACAUGAAACUGCCUAUUCACGCCGUAAUUCUUUCUGUCUCCCUCUCUCUCUUUCUUUCUCUCUCUCUCUCUCUCUCGCUCUCGCUCUCUUUCUAUCUCCUCUCUUCUCUCUCACUGCGGCCUCAUUUUCCCUCUCCAUUCCUCUCCCCCACUGCCCUCCCUGGCUCGCUGGCUUUCUCUCUCUCUCUCUCUCUCUCUCUCUCUCUCUCUUUCUCUCUCUCCCCCUCUCUCGCUUCUCUCUUUCCCCCCCACCCCCUCCUUUGGUUUGACAAUUUUGUCUUAAGUGUUUCUCAAAAAGAGAUUACUUUAGUUAGCAUGCGCGCUGUGGGCAAUUGUUAAAAGUGUUCUUAGGUUUACUGUGAAGAGAAUGUAUCCUGUAUCCGUGAAUUGCUUUAUUGGGGGGGGGA